UUCUUAACACGCUCAACUUCCGGAUAAAAAUCAACAAGAAAUUAUGGUUAUCAAAUUAUACAGCUGACUUGGCGUUUUUACAACAUUUCAAAAAGUUUUUUUUAACAUACAUGAGUUAACUUAAACUUUUUAAAGAUGGACUUUGUGUCCAUAUUAUCUUUAGCCUCUAAAAACACACAAAAACAGAGACAGACUGAAAGGAGAUUCAAAACUGAUCUUGAUGCACCUAAAAAGGAACGGAAAGAUAAAGAUGGUAGACCAAAAUCAGAAUUUCUUCAGAAAGUUAAGGAAGAGAAAGAUCGGGAGCGAAAAAGAAAAGAAAUGGAUGAACAAAGAAUGAAAGAAGAAGAGAGUAAAAGAAAAAUAGAAGAAGAAAAAAAGAAAGUUUUUAGAAUUCCAAAGAAACCUCGUCCUCCAGAAGAAAUCACAGAUCAAACAGACAAAAGUUCAAAAUUAUCUGCACAGGAAAAACUUGAGAAAGCUAAAAAAUUAGCUGCAAGUUUUGGAAAAGCUAAAACUGUUGUUUCCUCAUCAAAGUCUGAUUUAAAUAGAAGUUCAUCAGUAAGUGACAAAAGUUUCUCUAAACAUAAACAUGAUAAACCUUCUCAUUCAGAGCAGAGAAAAAAUGGAAAUGACAAACAUUCAAAUGACAAAGAUGUUUCUAAACAGACAGACAAGAAACCAUCAAAUGACAAAGAUGUUCCUAAACAGAUCGACAAGAAACCAUCCUAUAAAGAUAAGUUAGAAAGAAUGUCAGACCAGGAAAAACUAGCAAUUAUCAAAAAGAUAUCAGGGAGUCUUGGGCGUGUAGGGGAUAAAAUAUCGGAUACAGAAAAACUUGACAAAAUAAGGAAAAUUUCCGAAACAAUUGGAAAGGGGUCAUCAAGUAAUAGUGACAAGAAUGAAAAACCAAACGGAUCUCAGAAAUAUUCUCCUCUUUCCAGUAAAAUAGACAGAGAUAAAAUGACAGGAAAUCUUGAAAGUCUUCAGAAAAUAAAAAGAGAAUUUAAGGAAGCUGAGGAAAGAGUGAAUGGAAAAACUAUCACAAUGCUUGGCAAAACUGAUGAAGGAAUUAAAAGAGAAGUAAUAUUUGACAGAACUGAUGCUGAGAAAAUGAGAUAUGCAUUACAAGAAAAAGCAGCACGAAUAAGAGCCAUGAUGAACAGACCUGAAGAACCUAAACCAAAAGAAAGAAAAAAGGGGAAGGACAAAGUAUCUGAAACUGAGGUAAAGGGGAAAAAAUCAGAAACUUUUAAAAAUGAAGAUGAUGAAAAAAGGAAAUAUUCUGAUUUUAAGAAAUCUUCUAGUCAUUCCAGUGAUAGUAAAUACAAUGAUAAAUAUAGUGAUGAUAGAAGUUCUGACAGAUCUUCUAGGGAGGAAAAACCUGUUAAAAAGAAAAAACCUCCACCACCACCAUCAAUGAAUUUUAAUGAUUUGUUAAAAAUUGCUGAACAAAAAUCACAUGAGCCUGUCAAAAUUGAAGUAAUUAAAAAACCAAAAAAAGAAGAGGAACGAUUAUUGACUAAAAGAGAGAUGGCAUCUCAAAGAGAAUAUCAAGAAUAUUUAAAAAAUAAGAAAAUACGAAGAGAGGCUGAAAUUGAAGAGAGACAAACUUUGGAUGUUAAAAGAGAAAAGCAAAUCUCUAAUUCAUUAAAAAGUAAAUCUACAUCAAAUUUUGUGACAAAAUCAGCAAGUUCGUCACAAAAUACUGCAAGAAAAAAUCCUUAUUCAGAAAAGUUAGUGACUAAAUCUUCGUCGCCUGUGCCUAGUUCAUCUAAAGUGUCAUCAAGUAACAAGUUAGGAAAAUCAAUGUCAUCUUCUUCAAUUCCUUCAAAACCUUUUACAAAACAGUUCAAACUACACUCAGCAACAAAUUCUCAACACAAUUUAGACUCAAAUCCAGCAAAGAAAAUAAAACGUGAGCAUAUAGAAAAUGAAAGAAUUUCCCAAAAAGAAGAGUAUCGGAAGAAAUCAAAUGGUGCUAAACGAAGUAAUUAUGAUGAUGUACGUGAAAAUGUGCUAGUGUGCGGGCCACCAAAGAAUGAAAAACCAGUUUCUUCCAAUCCAUUUGAUAGAAUAUAUGGAGAAAUAAAGAAAAAUCAACCAUCAAAGCCAGCGAAGCGGAAGCAUCCUGAUGAAUACUCAGAUUCAGAAGACGAAUUUGAUGGGGACCUGGAUGGAUUUGUUGUGGAUUAUCUGUCGUCAGGGGAGGAAGAAGAAAUGGAAGGCUAUGACAAUGAUUAUGAAGAUUAUUCCAAACAUAUCAGGAAUAUAUUUGGUUAUGAUAGGCGAAAAUUUAAGUAUGAAAGUGAUUAUGACAUUGCAAAUAUGGAAUCAAACUUCAAGGAUGUCAUGAAAGAAGAAGCAAGAAGUGCAAGGCUUGGUAUGCAAGAGGAUCUGGAAGACAUGAAAAAGGAAGAAGAAGAAAUGAAAAGAAAAAUGGCAGGAAAGAAAAAGAGAUGAUGAAUAUGAACAUUCUUUUAUUUAAAAUUCAGAUAAAAAUCAGGUGUUCUAAAUAUGAUGGUAGAAAUAUUAGAAAAAAGUAUUUAACAGAGGUCUUGGAAAUGUGUAGGAAGUGGAUAACUAUUUCAGAUUAAAAAUAAGCUGUAAUCUGUUAAUGUUGAAAGAAGAAUUAUCCAUUUGUUUAGGAAAGUUACAAAUAUGUCUUUAAAGGAGUUGAAUGCCCUUAUGAAAUGAUGCUCUGUAACAUACAAGGGGAAUGUUAGUAUUUUUCACCUCGACACCCAGUGUUCCUUGAUGACAUUAAUUAUACAAGAUUUACCAGCCUUUAAGUCUUUGUACUUUACAGAACCGCCUUUGACUUCAUGUCAGCAUACUGUAGAGCUUUAUAAACCCUUAGAAACCAUAAGCAGUAGCUGAUAAAAUUGUAAUUGCUUUGAACUAACCAUAGAAAAUUUUCAAUUUGAUGUUAUGAUAUUGUUCUUAAUACAGGCACAUUUACCCCUGAGUCUGAUACAGCACAAAUAACACAUAUAAAACACUAACUAGUAAAAAUAAAAUAUCUCAAAUGUAGUAUGUUUUAGUUUGUAAUUGAUAUGUUCAAUUACUAAAAUAAAAAUAAUCAUUUGUCCCUGGACAAAUUGAAUUUUUAGUUAAGACUCUAUUGGUACCUACCCUUAAGUCUGAUAGCAAAUAUCCUACUCAGGGUCACCAGAACAACUGAAUAAAACAUUGAAAAAAAGGGUUUUUAAAGUGGAAAAUAUAUAAAAGGCCAGUGAUCUCAUAUAAGUUCUUGUCAGCAUGUUAAAGUUUUCCUAAGUUGGGUGUGAAAAUAUUUACAUAUUGCAUCUUUAUUAGAAUGAAAAUAAUUCAUUGAAAAAAUUUGAAUUUUCUUAUUAUUAGUUUUACUUAUAAUUACUACACAGCACUGACCAGAAAACCCCAUAGGUUCAGACAUGAAAGAAUUGUUAGAAGAAAAACAAAUUGUAGGAUUUUGCCUGUGGAAGAAAAUCUUUAUUUUCUCCUUUAGCCAUUGAUUUAUUUAGUUUAUAACAUCCUGUUAAUCCCUGAAAAAAUACAUUCUGUUCACCCCUAAAUAAAUACUAAAUUUAGAUAUUUCUUAUCUUAUUAAUAAACAAAACUCUCAUUUUUAUUUAAUAACAUUCAGAAACUUCUAUUUAUAUUAUCAGUUUCAAGAAUAUGUCACAAAAUGAAUUUUAUUCAGUAUUAAAUGAGUAAACUAUUUAAUUUCAAUUACUUCAGAGAUGAAUGGAAAUCCCCUUUGACCUACAAAAAUGUUGAAUUAACUCCUUACAGUUCCAUUGCAUGGUUAAAUGAAAAGGAGAGUGUACGGCAUCUAGCAAAAAUCUAGCUCAAACUGGAGCUAGGGGACUGUCCUGAACUUGCUGUGAGGUGUGAGCUAUUGCUCUGUGAUGAAGGUCCUACUGUAACUUUUAGAUGAAGUACAGCAAUAAAAGCACUGUUACUUUCCUUAUGGUUUUGUCAAAUGUGACCAUGUGUCAUAAAUUAAUACACCAUACCUCUUCUUUUCCAUUGAAACUGAAAAAUGUUUUCAUUAAUGUGUUGCUAAUAUUUGUAUUUUAUAAUAUGCUUGUGAUAAAAACAAAAUAUAAAUAUGAAGACUAAGAAUGGAUUGUAUAAUUAACUAUAUUGUAUCUACAAAAAGCUUAUUUAACAGGAAAAUGUAUGUUAUUGUGGAUUUUGAAUGUGCUGUUAUUCAAGUUACUUGGAUUACUGCAGCCUUUGUAAGAAUCAGGCAACAAUGCUAAAAAGAUAAGGCAUUUCGCAGUAGGCUCAUUGUUUACCUUUUGGGUUUUUCCAGCUCUCCAUUGUUUGAAAUUCAAUUAUUACAUUAAAAUUUGAGCUGUUCUCUAUUUUUGCGAAUGUAUAUGCAAUCUAAUGAUAUCCAAAUGAUUAAAAUAUCAUGAUUUUAAGCUUAAAAAAAAUUUGAAAUUUCAAAAAUUGAAAUGCAAACAACAUCAGAGGUGGAUUUAAGGUUUAAAGCAGGGCAGGCGGUAUGGACCCCCUUAAAGGAGCUACAUAUAUGGUUAAUGCAUAGACAUUUUACAAGUCCCGCUCCUAAUGUUGCUUUGUUCGCGGGCCCCCUUUAUCAAAUUCCUAGAUGUGGAUCUGAACAUGCAUCUUUAAAAAUCCACCCAGAUGUGAUAUGACUGUUACAAAACCUGCUGGAGGUUAGAGGAGAUAUUAAAAUUAAUUUUAUAUUGCCUGGUUCAUACAGAGAAUUAAUGUUUGUGGAUUGAAAUGUAUAUGUAUGCAUGUGUGUGUUUGAUUUUGUCAUUCUAUAAGAAGUAAAAACUUGAAAAAUUGUAAAAUAGUUGUUUGUUGAUUUCACAUAUUUAUUAUACUAAUUGUUACAUAUACAGGUUGUUGAUAAUAUUAUUUACUGCCAUAGUACUUCAGUGCAUUCAAAUAUUUAAAAUGUGAGUAAGUCAAACUUAAAGUUUUCUGUUGUAAGAAAAGGAUACAGAUUUAAAUAUUGAAAGUUUGUUAAAGAGAAAUUGUUUCAUAAUAUGUACAUUAAAUAUUCAUCUAAUAAAAUUCCAUGAAAGAUUUUUUUGUAAACUUAAACCUAUUUUUUUAAACCAUUUAAUGAACAAAUCUUUUUCACAACUGAGACUUCUGAUAGUUAGAUUAAAAGUAAUUUUUAUUUCAAUUUUUGUUCAUUAAUUAUACUCUUAAAAUAUUUAUCAAAUAAGAGGUGCAAGCCUCUUUACAAAGGUUAUGACCUACUUUAGCUUUGAUUCUAGAUGAUAAAAAGAUUUGAUAUGAAGAAUAUUGCUGUCUUUAAUGUCAUUUUUGAAAGUUCAUGAGUUAAAUUUUAGUGUCCUUUACUUUAAUACAAAAUUAAAGUUAAAUUUUCAUAUUAACAUCAUUUCUAAAAUCUAGUAUCACUUCUUUUUUGAGUUGAUAUAAUCAUUUACUGGAUCUGAAAUUAGCUUUACAUUAUUAACAGAACAUGCAAUUGCAAUUGUUAUUUGAUCUAGUAUCAUGUGCAACAUUAAUUUUAUUUGAUUGUCUUCCAGCAUUGUCUAGUGAAAAAUGUUUCUUCAAAUUUUCUGUAUAAACAAUUUGUAUAAAACAUGAUCAAAUUCGAAGGUUCUACAUUUUAAAGGCUGUGACUGAUAAACCUUUAGCAGUGGCUCCAUUAAGCAAUUCUUAAAAAGGCAUUUACUCUUUUGCUUGAUAUGACCAAAAAAUGUUGAAAUGUUUUUAACUAAAAAGGGUCAACUUGUACUAGAAUUCUGUUUAGAAAAAAAUAAUAUAUAUCUUAUGAUUCUGUUUUACAUCAGAGAUGACUUUCACUCUGAUCAUAGUUUCACUAAAUACUGAUCAAGAAAAUUUUAAGAAAACAUACAGAAGCAUUUAUAUCUGUAUGGAAUAUUUUGUUUCAUUUAAAGAAGUGUGUAUGCAAAAUUCUAUAUGUCAUCUGAAUUUGCUAUUAUUUGAUUAUAACUUUUUGCAAAAUUGUCAGUUUAUGAUAGAAUUUUAAAAACAUCAAUUAUAUAUUUUAUGUAUUGUAUUUGGUGUAGGCUAUUGGAAGGUGCUAUUACAUAUAUAAAACCUGUAAGGAUGAUAUGAUAAGUCAAAUGUAUCAUUUUCAUUAUUAUGUUAUUCCAAAUAUUGUGCAAUACUUAUAUUUUGUGAUUAAUGAUUAUUAAUGUGAUUAAACAUAGAACUCUGUGAUGGUUAGAAUAGAAUUAGUUUUUUUGAAGUGGGUUAUCAAAAGUAGUAAGGUUUAGUUGGUCUGUUUAAUCAUAAAUAUCAAAAUUAGUGUUAAAUUAAUAAUAAUUUUGCAUUUCAGAGAAAAUUAUAAAGAUUAAUGUCAGUCUGUUGAUACUUUAAGCUUGUCAAUACAAAAUACAUGUUUUGUCUCGCCUGUGACGAAAGUAGCAGUAUGCAAGACAUAGGUAUUACUAUCCGUUGGCAGCGUAAACUAUUUGUAUAAAGCUUUAUGUUUCAGAAGGUAGAAGACCUGGAUGCUUCAUACCUUGUAUGCAGAUACCUUAUGUUAUGAAGUUUCCAUCUGUCAUAUGCCCAUGGUCCUUGCCCUCAUUUUCAUGGUUCAGUGACUGCUUGAAAAAAAAUUACAGUUUUUUGCGUGAAUUUCUCACUUAUUAUGAGUAAUAGGAUAACUAUAUUUGGUAUAUCGGUUCCUUGCAAUGUCUACAUGUCCGUCAGACAGGGUUAACCUGACCUUGAUCUCAAUUCAUGGAUCAGUGAUAAAGGUUAAAGUUAUGUGAUUAGGUCCGUUUCUCAGAUACUACAAUCAGCAGGUCAACUAUAUGUGGUGUAUUGAAUGAUUGUAAGGGGUCCAUGUCAGACUGGCAGGUUUCAUCUGACCUUGACAUCAUUGUUUAUUGGUCAAUGUUUAGUUUUUGUGUUUUGGUCUGUUUUUCAAGUACUAUACACAAUAGGUCAACUAUAAUUGGUGUAUGGAAUGAUUGUAAGGUGUACAUGUCUGUCUAGCUAGUGUCAUCUGACCUUGACCUCAUUUUCAUGGUUCAUUGGUCAAUUUUAAGUUUUUGUGUUUUGGUCUGUUUUUCAAAUACUAAUAGCAAUAGGUCAACUAUAAUAGGUGUAUGGAAUGAUUGUAAGGUGUACAUGUCUGUCUAGCGAGUAUCAUUUGACCUUGACUUCAUUUUCAUGGUUCAUUGGUUAACGUAAAAUUUUUGUGUUUUGGGUCUGUUUUUCAAUUACUAAAAGUAAUGGGUCAACUAUAUUUGGUGUAUGGAAUAAUUGUAAGGUGUACAUGUCUGUGUGACAGUUUUUAUCUGACCUUUACCUCAUUGUCAUGGAUCUUUAAAAAUGUUAAGUUUAUGUGAUACUUGUAGUAAAACCUUUAUCUUUAAGACUUUCAACAUAAAAUCAAUGGUCAGUAAAACAAGCGAGACAUUUCAGCGUUUGCACUCUUGUUUUUAGUAGGAAAUCCUUUUUUCCAAAAAUGUUGAAUUUUAAAAAUUUACAAUUUGCAAAAGUGACACAGUUGAAAUAUCAAAUAGUAACACAAGUUGGAUAACUUUCAUGAAUUAAACAUGAAUUAAACACCUACAGGAAUACCUUAAAUUUUUUUAAUAUAAAGCAUUUUAACAGAAAAAGCAGAUAUCCUGAUUUUAAAAAUGAAAUCAAUAAUAUCAGAUACAUCAACAAAGUCUAGAGAAAAGUUGGGAAAUUGAGUUUUGAAUUUGUUGAAUUGAAAGCUUGGCAAUGAAUUCCUUAGCCAUAUUAAAUUAACAAAAACUAAUUAAACUGUUGAUAAGAUAAAUAGAUCGAGUAAAAAUUACGUUAAGCAGAAUUAUUUCCGUGCAGUGUUCACCAAAAUUGGAAUUAAUUGUAAUUUAAAUAUUAUUUUGGAGUCCUCAUAAUGUACUCUGUCCAUUGAUUAUACUCUUUUAUUUAAGUAAACCUGAGAGAUAAUGAUGUAUGUGUUACUGCAAUAGUUUUCUGAAACAAUACAAUUUUAUUAUUAUAAAAAAAAUAUUAAAAUUUUUCAAAAUUUGACAACAAAUGUUUUUUUUUCAGGCUUCAGCUACUACUUACUGUAAAUUCAGAAAUUAUUGCGAUGUUUUCAUUAAUACAAAAUAAUGACAGUAUCAGGUUCGCAAUAAUAAAAACUGGCAUUCAUAAUUUCAGUAGUGAUCUUCCUUCAUAAACAUUUUUGCAAUCCCAUUAAUAAGUUUUUCAUAUUUCCCAGUGGUCAACGAUUCACAAUAAUAAACAUGAUAAAUGCAUGCAAAAAUUUCUGAAUUUACAGUCUUUUUUAAUUUUGUUAGAAUUCUGUUGUAGCUUUUUAGCAAAAAUCUGAUCUUAGAUUACUUUUGGUAUAGAGAUUUUUGUGAUAAAAACUGAAUAAAGUCUCAAAAAAUUUUUUUUCUUGGAAUGUGUACUUAGAAAUGUGAUCAUUUAUUAGCAUACAACUUUUCUGUUACCCUGAAUGUGAUGAUUAAGUGCAUUUGAACUUAGACAUUUGUAAUACUGCUCAAUACAAAUGAGAAGAAGUAACUUCUUAUCAACAAUGAGUAAGAAAUGUAAUGAAUACUUUUACCAGAUUUUGUGUCAUUAUAUAGUUGUGACUUUAAAGUCGUUUGUAUCUUGCGACCAAUAUCUUUAAUGAAUAAUGUAUGUUUUCACCUUUGAAUAUUUAACAAUAAUCAUUUUUUGAGAACAAUUGUGUGCAUGUAUUUCUCAUAAAUCAAGUAUUUUUCAUAGACAUAUAAGAUUGGUUUUUGUUUAAAAAGAUUGAUUAAGUCAUUGAUUAAUAUAUUUUUGUAUAAAUGUUAGAAACACAGUAAGAAAAAAAAUGUUUCUUUAUUCUUGUACUCCUCUUUUCUACAAAUUUUGCAUGAAUUCUGUAUGAAUGACAUUUUGUCUUUGUAUUUUGUUCAGUUCUAUCAAAGAGUUUUGACACCAUUUACUGUAUCAUAGCACAUGUCCAUUACAAGCAUAGUCAUUGCUAAAAAAGUAAAGAAGAUCAAUGAAAAUGGCUCAAGUAGAAAAAUAAGUUAAAUCUUAAUAAACAAAUGUAUAACCUUGCCUCAUUAAGAAGGAGGUAUAUAGUAUUGCAGGUGUUUUUCGAUCUGUCUGCCUGUAAUAGGAAUAAUCCUGUUCUUGGAAGCUAUUGUUAAAUAGCUUUGGUAGUACCAUGAUUUGCUCAGUGUACCUCUGAAAAAACAUCCAUUUUAAAGAAUUUACAAAAUAAGCAAAUUCUUUUUCAAUCAUAGAAAAUAAUUUUUUAGGCAUUAUGGUUUUCCUCUCCUUUUUCCAACUCAAUUGUCAGUUUGCUUUUGUGGUACCAUAAUUUGCUCUGUGUAUCUCUUAUAAAGAUUUGAUAUGGUAUUAUCUUUUGUAACUUCUGAGUUUUUAUAGAAUUUAUAGAGUUAAACAAAUUAAUUUUAUUUUUUUGAAGUUAGGAUUUUUCUUCUUUUACCAGUACAAGUUUUUAUAUAAAAAUAAGAAAGUAUUUUGUAUACUCAUCAUUGAUUAAUUGUAGAGCAAAAGUGAGAGUUAGUUUUAUUUGAGGGGCAAUUAAAAGGGUAUGUGUUAGUUGUAAUGCAUUGAAAGAAAUUUAAUAUUUACUGUAAUGUUCUAUUAAGGAUUUGAAUAUGUGAUCAAUGUCACAACACAACAAUUCUUCAAUCUUUCAUUAUUUGUACAUGUUUAUUCAUUAAAUAUUUUUGUUGAUUA